AAAGUCACGUCUGGGCCUGGGGAGUUGAAGUCAGCCUGAUAACCAUCUUAUAACCUCCCUGGCUGAUGGUUGCAUUUAACCGUGUGAUUUGCGAGGGCCAAUCUCUGGCCUGGGGUCAAUGGUUGCGUCUUGUGAUUGCGUUAUGUUGUUUUAGGACACUUGCUGCUGUGCUUGCUGUGUUAUCUACGCAGUUAGCUCCACAUAUACCUGGAGUAAGAACUUUGGGUGCAAAUAGUGAAGCCAAAGUGUAUUAUUACCAUCUUUGGCUUCACUUUUUGGCCUCACGGAAGUCUUAAGUUCUUACUCCAGAUAUAUGUGGAGCUCACUGUAUCUACGUCGGAGAUUGCGCAAAAAGCCAGCAACUGAGAUCUAAAAGACGUUUAAAUUAUUAUUAUAUAAAGAGGUUCUUAGUCCAAGAGCAACAAUGUUUUCAAAAACCGCAAGGUCGAUUUCGUCCCAAUUUAAUCACAGAAGACAGGAUUUAAAGAAAUGUUUGGAAUUACAGAUCAAUUCGUACAUUAUUCGCAAGACAAUUUAUCGACGUGUCUCGAAUCUUUCCAAUGAGUCAGACACCAUGCGAACAGCAAUUGACAAGGCAAGAAACUCAAGUUCAUAUAUGAAAGAAGUGUUUAAGGAGCUUGGCAACAGAAAUUUGAAUGUCACCUGGAGUGAUGGCACUGUCUCACGAUUUCCUUAUAAUUUUUUACGUGAUAACUGCAAAUGUUCUCAAUGUUAUGAGUCAUCCAGUAAACAGAAACUGUUCAAUACUGCAAGGGAUCUCAAAAAGGACAUUCAAAUUGAAGAAUUGGUGGUUUUGGAAGAUGGUAAGCAUCUGAAGUGUAUUUGGUCUGGUGGGCAUGAAAGCAAGUAUUCAGUUGGUUGGCUUCAGAAAAUGAAAUUGCCAGAAAAGAAUGAACGUAUGAGGAGGAACUCAAACAGCCUUGUAAAGGAUGAGCUUAUUCUUUGGAAUCGGGAAACAUUGCAAGAUAACAUUCCUUUUCAAGAUUAUAAUCUGAUGAUGAAUGAAGAUAAAAGUUUAUUUGAUUCAUUGUAUUCUUUUUAUCAACAUGGAUUUGUGGUGAUUAAUAAUGCUCCUGCCAGGGAUGGUGUUCUGAUGGAAUUAGCAGAAAGGUUUGGCUAUAUGAGGACAACACAUUAUGGAAAUACUUUUGAUGUAAAAGAUAUUGAGAAUCCUUCCAAUGUGGCUUAUACCACCAAGCAUUUACCCUUUCAUACUGAUAUGCCAUAUUUGGUAUUUCCACCUGAUAUUCAGUUAUUACAUUGCAUUAAUGAAAACACAACAGGAGGUGAUAGCAUAUUUGUUGAUGGAUUCAAUGUUGCCAAUCAGCUACACAAAAACCACCCAGAUGCUUUUGAUGUGUUGAGAAAUUUUCAUGUCCGAUAUUGUGAUUAUGGCACAGAUGCCUUUAGUGAAUUCAUAGCUGGUGACUCCAAACCUAUAAUUAAGCUCAACAGACAUGGACGACUGAAUGAUAUUUUGUAUAAUCCACCUGUCGAGUCUGAGUCGAAAGGUGACUGUACUCCUGAUGAACUUCUAGCAUUUUACGAUGCUUGUUAUUUGUUCACAAAAGUUCUUUAUGAUUCGAACAACAUCGUAGACAUUCACUUGAAGUCAGGUCAAAUAGCAAUGCUUCACAAUAGCAGAGUUUUACACGGAAGAUCUGAAUUUGAAGCAACUGGGGGACCUACGGCUAGGUGGCUACAAGGUAUCUAUUUUGAAUGGGAUGUUAUCUUCUCAAAACUCAGAGUGUUGCAAGGGAAACUUGGUCUCAAAGAACCAUACCUACCGGAGCAAUCUGAUGAUUUUUUUUGAAAAACUGGCAAGUAUGGCUAGCUCUUAUAUACAAUUAACAACUAUAUAAACCCAAAUUAACUGCAUUCUAUAAUAUGCAACAGUGCAGUUAUAAUCAGCUCGUUUUACUUCCAUCUGGUACCAUUGAUUGUAAAAUAAUAAUCACUUUUAUAUUUAAUACGGUACAUUUUUCUGAGUGCAUAAAAUCACCGAUUUACGGCGUAUUAUGACUUCACUAACAUGUUUCAAAUUUUUGGUAAAUUUUACUCGUUUUGGAUUUGUAAUCGAUAAUUUUUAGGAUUGGGAAUAAAUACAAAUUUCAUGUAACCUAAUACUGAAAAGGAAAUUCAAGUGUUAGUAUAGCUUUGAAUACAAGAAAUGUAUUGUGAUUCUACUGAAAUAUAAUUGGGUACAAUCCCCGUACAUGCAUGCAAUUCAAUUGCUCAAUUUCUUUGCCUAUGUAGGUCUAUAAAUCUUUGUAGUAGGUGUUUAAUGUAUUUGAGUUAAGCAUGCAUGUUUUGUUUCAACUGGUUGUUUAACAGCGUAGAUUUUAUAAAGCCAUACAGCAGGAGCGUCUGUGCUUGCUAAAUUGAAGAUUGCAUAAUGUACAUGUAUACGACGUUAUAUUGUAUAAGUGAUCUAAUUCACCAAUCAUUAAUCGAUCAAUUGGAUACGCACCCAUGAAGAAGUAUAAGGCUAUGUGCAUACGAGCGUCGUUUUCCAGCGUUUUCAUAUUCGUUUUUGUCUAUUUUAUUGCGUACACGCCCUGUCCACGCGAUCCAAGAAAAAAAUAUGCCUAAUAUGUUAAAUUGGUUUCAACUUCUCUUGUAAUUUGACAGUGUUUGAAACCGUUUUGGCAUGAAAACGAAUGUGAAAACGCUCGAAAACGUUACCGCGUGCACAUAUUGUAGUCUACGCUUGACUUUUACUUUUACGUCUUGCUAGUAAAGUAAACUGAGGGCCUUCCUUUUCAGUACAUUCCUAGCGUAAAAAACUAUAAUCGAAAACAGUGCUGCUCAAAAGUCCGAGCAAAUAGCACCCAAUACGGUGUAGUCAGUAUAGCUGUUUUAUGGGGUUAUAUAUCCUUCAUUUUUUAUCGUGUAAAUUAUUGAUACUGAGACACAAUAUAUAUUUAGUAGAUAUAUUUUCUUAUCUCAGCAUAGGCGUACGAGCUUAACCUCGUUUGGGGGCGGCGCCCGAAUUUUUUGAAUUAUACAAUGUACCCGAAUUCUAACUUUUACCAGAUUUGUAAAAAUAAACUUGGCAAAGCGCCGGAUGGGCUUAGAAGAAAGUGUAACAAAAAUGGCCAAAUAGAAUAAACAUAUGUGAUAAUGUGAUAUAUAUUACAAAUUUUUCAGUUUGCCCGAAUGUCUUGAUUCUCCGAAUUUUUUUUUGGCGGGGGACGAGUGCCCCCCCUGUCCCGUACGCCUAUGCUUAUCUGAUGCCUAGAGCUUUCAUCACAUUUUUGCCCUCUAUAGGCUUUAGGCCGGUCUAAGGUGCAAACAUUUAAAAGCCGAGUUAAUAAAAGUAAAUGAAAUAUUAUAUUCUAUGAAAAUAUUGAUUGCAUAUAUGAUUUUGUAUUUUUUAAUUAAAUCCCAAUUCCCACACGUUUUGGUCUGACAACGCAUUGGUUUUAAUUUUAUAGAGAUAUUGGUGUGGAUGUGAAGUAUUUUAUAUAGGUUAUGCAUGUUCUCCGCCAUGAUCAAUUCAACUGUUGCAUAAACAAAAUAAGUGAAUUCAUAUGAAAAGUAAAGCUCAAAUCUGUUGCAUGCAAAUGGCUGCAUGCAUACCAAUCAGCUUCGCCCGUAUGAAAAGUCCUGCGAUGAAGCAAAGCAUUCUACGUUUUAUAGUCCGUAUAGGCGUUUACAGCUAAUUAAGUAGAAGUAAAUAUACGUUUUUUUCAAAACUGUAAACUCUAAAGCUAAGCGCUUAAGCCAUAUCAUAUUCGAGUUAUAGAAUUGCCUAUAGACCAAGUUGGCAAGUAGAUUCAAUUCUGUUGUGAAGGUCCGUUUACACUUGGGAUUUUUGCUGCGAUUUUCCUCUUUUGCUAGAUGUGGACGAGUAAUAAGUUACGAAUGCUCUGAUGUGUUCCUAUAUUUGAACAUCCGUAACUAAUUCACAAUUCGUUCAUAUCUUUUAAAAGAAGAAAAUUACACAUAAAAUUGUAGCAAAAAUUUCAAGUGCAAACGAGCCUUAAAUUAAGGCUUAAUUGAGUCAUCUUUUAUGCCUGGAUAAAUACGAAACUCAUAAUGGUCUAUGGAGUACAUACAUUUACCCAAAAAUUGUCCCCGUGUCGUCAUGCAUAAGUCUAUUUUUUUAGCAAGUAAACCUGUAAGUAAUGCUUGAUUGUCAUUUGUUUUUUAAGUCACGUCUGGGCCUCAGGUCUGGCGAGUUGAAGCCAGCCUGAACAAAAAAUGUCAGUGUGUGGGACCACCGAUCAGACGUUGCUAAGAAACAUCCCAGGCAUUGGUAUAUUUGAUUAUUGACAUUGAUAUUUUCUGUGAUUUAUAGUUUUCAAUUAACUCCCAUGAGGUAAAUAUUGAGUUCUUGGUGAAAUUAAAUUACAAACAGUGCAAUCAAAGGAGGUCUGUUCAAACAAUAAAGCGUAUGAACAAUAGGAAAUGUUGGUUCAGUUGCGUGUAUAUCUUUAAUUAGCAACAGCGUUGUGAUACUGAAAGCUUGUAUAUACUGCUAUAAAUGUCACUGUAGGGGAUCAUACGGCUCAUUCAAGUUUAAGACAUCGAUCUUGUAUGACUAUAUUUCUGAAUUGUUAGAAUUGUUGGAAUCAGAUUCUAGUGGUUGCUGACUGCUAAAAACUGAGCAAUGGGUGUUUUAGUUGUCCCUUUAGCCUCUCUGACACUGUUGAUGUUGUUCCUUGGUAAGUAGAUAUUUCUAAAAUUUCUAUGCAGCAUUGUUUAAUACGACAGUUAAUUCGAAAUGUUAUACUUAUAGUCGGUGAUUUUUUAAAUGAUGUCUUACAAGAGGUAAAAACUAUUCUAAAAGCGAUAUCGACUAAUUGUGUAAUUGUUAGGGUUUAAAUCUUUUUUGUCGCCUAAUAUUAUAGUACAAUAACGAUCUUACUAAUGGCAGUCGUGGACAGAUAUUUCGAAAAAAGUAGAAGCGAAUGCAGCAAAUAAUAUAUUCAUAAUUAUGACAACAUAAAAUUCUUGUAUUAUUUUGCUGUUAAAUAUGUUUUAUAUGGAGUGGAAAAAGAAUCUUGCUUAAUAAUUGUGACAAUCGAAACUUUGUGACAUUGCGACGCCAGAGCCAAUAAAAAGGCUACAAAAUGCAAUAUUCUCAUGAACUAUGAGUGUAUGUACAUGUGGGUCAUACUGUGGUCAUACGAACUAUUACUGCAUGGAUUGUGACUUCUGGGUUCUAUAAAUUGGUACUAAACAGUACGCCCGUGCGUGAGCUAGUAAGGUAAAUUAGAGGGUUUUAUUAGACUCGUAGACCAUUUUAGAUAGUUUGUUGGAAGAAGCGUGUUCCUGAUUGGGCAACUAGACAUAUUGAUUGACGAAUCAGAAACAUUUCUUGUCCGCAUACAGAUACUAUGCGUUGCAGCGGCGAGCGGCUAAAUUUUUUAUGAGGCUAUAUGCGUUGUUUACUGACUCGAUGAAACUAGAGACUUGUUGUUUAUUCCUUGUGGUUUUCAUUUCAGAUUGCACAAUGUCGGCAAAUAUGGGAAAACAG